ACCUCCUUUCUUGGUGACGUCCGAGUCCAUCUGGCCGUCUUCCUUCAUUUUACUUGUCCUCGUCAACUAGACUCUUGUUACCAUUAGAGACGUUCUAGAAUGCAGUGACAAUGCAACAUACUUAGUUUCUCACAGAAAAUCGCCUGUGUGACUUUUGGAACUGUCCAAUGGAACUGAUGGCAACGAAAGAGCGAUGGCAAACAGACCACUGAGUACUGAAUGUAGUGCCAUGUCAACACACUGACCGCUUUUACACCGUUACGUUGUGCCAAUGUUCAUUUCUCAGGCGAGAAAGUAUAUAUCAUGCAGAUCGUUGCCAUCUGGCACCCAUCCACUCCCAUCAAGACGGUGAAAGAUGGGCAUCCUAAUGAAUCUUCGGAAUGGGAAGCUGAUCCUGUCGACGAACUCGCGGAAAAGCGAGCCGUACGGAAACUUGACUGUACAGUGCUGCCUUUGAUGACUAUGUUCUAUCUUUUAUCUUUCUUGGAUAGAGCCAACAUCGGGAACGCUCGCGUCGCUGGUCUUCAAGCAGAUCUACACUUAACAGAUCAUCAAUAUCAGGUGGCGGUCACGGUCACCUUCGUACCCUACAUCGCGGCUGAGCUGCCGUCAAAUCUUCUCCUCCGAAGGAUUGGACCCAGUCUGCUGAUGCCUUCUUUACUUGUUAUCUGGGGUGCAAUCGUUACUCUUCAUGGCGUAGUGUCUUCAUUUGCUGGUUUAGUAACCGCCAGAGCGUUCUUAGGUCUUGUGGAAGGUCCCAUGUUCCCCGGAAUCGUACUUUACUUGUCUGGGUUCUACACUAGAGAGGAGCUCUCUAUGCGCAUCGCUCUGUUCUUCUCUGCGGCAUCUUUGUCUGGCGCCUUCUCUGGAUUGCUCGCGGCAGCAAUUCAGAACAUGCACGGCAUUGGAGGCAAACCCGGAUGGGCAUGGAUCUUCAUCAUUGAAGGUUUGUUCACGGUUCUGGUAGGAGUCGUCGCAUUCUUCCUUGUGCCUUCUACACCACAAGACUCUCGUUUCUUGACACAAACCCAGAAAGAUAUCAUUGCACAUCGUCUUGCCAAGGAUCGACCUACCGUAGGUGUUCAUGAGCCAUUCAGCAUGAGGGAGGUCCUUCGCUCGUUGUCCUCGCCACACGUCAUCAUCACAUUCAUUAUGUUCUUCGGGAAUGGUCUGACUGUCUAUGCCCAAGCCCUCUUCCUGCCAUCUGUCGUUAACCGACUAGGAUUCAGCGCUACCCGUACUCAGUUAAUCAGUGUAGGCCCAUUCGCCGUCGCCUUCUUCGUAUCGUUAUUUGGCGCAUACCUUUCAGACCGCUAUCGUUCUCGCGCAAUACCUGUCAUGAUCUUUGGCAUGCUUUCUGUCGUAGGGUUCUCGAUAUUCUUAGCCGCGGAUAGUGUAUCCAUGGCGUAUGGAUCUCUGUUCCUCUCCGUUCCAGGCGUGUACGCUACCGCGCCCAUUAUCUCGGCUUGGAUCGCGAACAAUUCUGAGCCGUAUUACCGUCGUGCAACCAGCGUUGCUUUAGGGUUCGUCUCAACUAAUGCGGGUGGUAUUUUGAGCACCUGGAGCUUUCCGUCGAAUGAAGGUCCCAAGUUCAGACGGGCCACUAUAUUGAACAUGGUAUUUUCCGCUGGUCUUGUUGUAGGAUCGUUGAUCAACUUUCUCUACCUUACUCGUGCGAACAAAAUCAAACGACAGAGACGAUCUGAGCUACUAGCUCGUUAUACCGAUGCCGAGGGGAAAUGCAACGAGAAAGCGUGGAUAGAAUUGGGUGAUCGACAUCCAGACUUCAUUUAUACAAUCUAAGUCCCUCCUUUCCUCCCUCACAUUCCUUUUCUUUGAUUCUCAUGUGAAGCAGCUGUCCCAGAAUCGUAUACCCCAGUAAUACAUCCGGUGAUGUAGAGUAAUUGGAUGGGGAAUGCCGUCCUACGCAUUUCUCAUAUGUAUAAAUGUAGCCAACUUAUCGGUCCCACCCAAACAUCCUCCGUCUUUACCGCCCUGGAUUAUUCAUUGUUGUAUCUGGGCGUCUUGGUAAAUUUGUUGCAGUCCCUACACGCUCUGAUAUCCUCUCAACAUCCAUUGACCACUUUCAGUUGUCGCCCUUCUAUCAGUGAUGCUGUUGUAGUUCGAUAAAUGAGUGCAGAACCACUAAUGACCUUCCAGUCAUUUUCGGCUGGCCACUUUUGUGAGCAUCUCCAUUCUUCCCGCCCAUCUUACCCACCGUGAUCAUCGGCAGAUAAUAGAAGACUUUCUAAAGG